CCACCGAAUAGCAAGGGUAGAAUUAGGGAUUCUUCAGACAAAUUUCCUUUGUUAUCUCUCCAAGUCCUCUCUCUAGUCCUCAACGCUCCUCUCUCUCUCUACAGUUACAUAUAAAAAAAAAAGUUCAAAAAUAUCAGCUCAGAUCCUUUUGAUCUUCUCGGAUUCACGAUGGCUAACUCUGCAUCAGGCAUGGCUGUGCACGAUGAUUGCAAACUGAAAUUUUUGGAGUUGAAAACUAAAAGGGCCUUCCGCUUCAUAGUAUUCAAGAUCGAGGAAAAGCAAAUCAUUGUGGAAAAGCUUGGUGAGCCAGCUGAAAGUUACGAGGACUUCUGUACACACCUGCCUGCAGAUGAGUGUCGUUAUGCAGUCUAUGAUUUUGACUUUCUGACAAAGGAGAGUGUACCAAAGAGCAGGAUCUUCUUUAUUACAUGGUGUCCCGAUACCUCUAAGGUUAGAAGCAAAAUGAUCUAUGCUAGUUCCAAGGAUAGAUUUAAGAGGGAGCUGGACGGGAUUCAGAUUGAGCUGCAAGCAACUGAUCCUACUGAGAUGGGUCUGGAUGUUUUCAAAAGCCGCGCCAACUAAAUAAACUUCUAUAGUUCAACAUUGGAUGUUCUCUUUACUUUGUCGAAGAGAAAUGUAAUAGUUGUUGGGACAGGAGCUCGGCAAAGAUAUGAUACUGGUCUGUUGUUAAACUCUAUUUGAAAGGCUUGUCAACUUGUAGACAUUUAUGUGGUUUUGAUCUUAUUUUGUGAUGUUGUUUGUGUUACUCAUACCAUAAGUAGCUUUUGGGGCUGGUACUAUCAACAAAUGUUACUGUAUUGCUCUUUUUAGACUUUGUAUGUUUCUCCUUAUUCUGUUUCAACCUUUGUAACCCAUUUAUUCAUUAUGAUGCUGGUUGGCUGCUGCUACGAUAA